CAUCAUUGCAAGCAGUGUUUUGUCUUUUUUAUUUUCUCAUCGGUUAAACGCUCGCUCUUAGGGUUUAUAUCUCGUCAGGAGAGUCAGGAAAAAGCUCGUGAUUCGGGCUCGGCCGCGCCUCCCCGGCUCGCCCCCGUCGAAUUUCAAGGUUGAAUUAGGAAGCUAAAAUGGGAAGCAAAGGUCGAAUGCCACCUCCACAUCUAAGACGCCCUCAUCCAGGUCCUGGCAUAAUACACCCAGAUGCAUUUGGUCCUGGAAUGCACCCGCAAGCUGGUGCUUUCUCCCCUUUUGACAUGCUACCGCAUCCAGAAGUUAUGGAACAGAAGCUUGCUGCACAACACGUGGAGAUGCAGAAACUUGCAACCGAAAACCAGAGGCUUGCUUCCACCCAUGGAUCGUUGAGACAAGAACUUGCUGCAGCACAGCAUGAGCUGCAGAUGUUGCAUGCUCAGAUAGGAGCUGUGAAGACUGAAAGAGAGCAGCAGAUGAGGGACCUUAUGGAUAAAAUUGGUAAGAUGGAAGCUGAACUUCAAGCAACAGAACCUGUUAAGUUGGAGUUGCAACAAGCGCGAGCUGAGGCCCAGAACUUAGUUGUUGCAAGGCAGGAACUAAUUUCUAAGGCGCAACAAUUAAACCAAGAUCUUCAAAAGGCCCAUUCAGACGUGCAGCAAAUUCCUGCUUUAAUGUCGGAACUUGACAGCCUCAGGCAGGAGUAUCAGCACUGCAGGGUCACCUAUGACUAUGAGAAGAAAUUGUACAAUGAUCAUCUUGAGUCCCUACAGGUUAUGGAGAAGGACUAUAUGAACAUGGCCAGGGAGGUUGAAAAGCUACGAACGGAGUUGACAAACAUUGCUAACAUCAACAGAAGAACUGGUGGGCCUUAUGGUGGCAGUGGGUACAAUGAAAACGAGGUUUCUGGGCAUUAUCCCGUGGGACAUAACACCUAUGAUGAUAGCUAUGGUACUUCGCAGGGACGUGCUCCCCCUUCUGGGGCUGCUGCCAGUGGCACUCCUGGUCAUGCUGGUGCUCCAUCUGCACAUACUCCUGCAGGAGCUGGCUACGAUGCAUCCCGUGGACCUGGCUACGAUGCGCCCCGGGGACCUGGCUAUGAUGCACACAGAGGACCGAGUUAUGAUGCUCAAGGAGGACCUGGUUAUGGGGGACCCAAUUAUGAUGCACAGAGACAGAGAGGAGCUGGCUACGCGCCUCACUGGGGAGCUGGCUAUGAUGUUCAGAGAGGACCUGGUUAUGAUGUUCAGAGAGGAGCCGGUUUUGAUUCUCAGAGGGGACCUGGAUAUGAUGGACAAUGGGGACCUGGCUAUGAUAUGCGGGUAGCAGGAUAUGAUGGACAAAGUGGACUGAGUGCCAAGAAUGUGGGAUACGAUGUACCAAGAGGCGCUGGUAAUCCUCAAGGGCCGGUGGCACCUCCUAACAAUGCCCAUUAUGGGUCUGCAACGCCACCUAAUCGUGCAGCUAGUGGGUAUGAGGCACCGCCACGGGGAGGGGGAGGAGGAGGAAGCAACGCCGUUCGAAAAUGAGCAUGAGAUUACUUGGUGUUUUUCUAAGCUUUUGUUUCCAUGGGAUGGGAUUGCAGCUCCUGGAGAGUGAAGCCCAGCUGAGUAUGUAACUGCUGUUAAGGCCGUGACGGCACAAAGUGGUGCAGCGUGUGGAAUAGAUGAGUUAGAAAAAAACAUGUUUUAAACCGUUUUGAUACAAUUGUAGUGGUCUUCUUCAUUAGCCAUCAUUGGUGCUUGUCAAGGUGGUGUGGUUUAUGCUGCACAAUUAGCCCACGCCGCCUCCUACCCUUCAUUUAUAUUCAGGAUUUCUACCGAUAAAAGUGGAUUUACAUAUGAAGGGAAGGCCAGGGCAUGUCUCUAUAUCUCAGAUUUUUGAGUUAAACAUAUACUAUGAUACCUCUUAAGUCUGAUUUAAUCACACAUAAUCUGCAUCAAUUAUGAAACAUUA